CCUCUAGUCUUUCCUGAUGUCUUGAGAGCGUGCGCGAUUAGGCACAUUCGGAAAAAAGGCUUUGAUGUAAAGAGUGUAAAUCAAACAAAAAACAGGCAUUUUGAGCUGCACUGUUUCUUUCAGUCGUGAUGUUGAGGGUUGUGGUGUUGAUGGGGCUGCUGGCUGUGGAGGGAUCUGCGGCUGCGCUGCCCAAUAACGGAACGUUAAUUCGGACAUUUUCGGGUUAUUUCCUCACCGUCACCGAUGAGCCAAUAUUUGAUUAUCUGGACGUGCAGGACGAAGGCAGCGGCUCCAGUUCGGGCCAAGCAUCAAAACCCAGGAAAGAUCACCACCACCCUGUGCCUAAAAAGACCUAUCACAUCUCUCAGGAGGCCUCCAGCUUCCUCACAGGCCGCGUGGUGACAGCUGUCAUCCCUACAAUAUAUAUUAUAGUGUUUAUUAUCAGCGCUCCUCUAAAUCUGCUGGCGCUUGUCAUGUUUGUGCGCAAAGUGAGACCAAAGAAACCGGCUGCGAUUUAUAUGAUGAAUCUAGCCUGCGCUGACCUUCUGUUCGUCCUGGUCCUUCCGUUUAGAAUAGCCUACAAUUACAACGGAAAUAACUGGAUAUACGGGGCUGGGAUGUGUCGUUUCGUCACGGCUGCUUUCUACUGCAACAUGUACUGCUCAGUGCUGCUGAUUAUGUGCAUUAGUGUGGAUCGCUUUAUGGCUGUCGUCUACCCGAUGGACUCGCUUACCUGGCGCAGUCCUCAAACCGCGUCCGUCGUGUGCGCCGCCAUGUGGCUUUUGUCCAUCGGCGGGGCGAUGCCUUUGCUGAUUUCCAAUCAGACCAUUCACUUACCUGACCUGGGCAUAACCACGUGUCACGACGUCCUUGACAUCCACCAUCUCCGCGAGUAUUACCUGUACUUCUUCCCUGUCAUCUCUUCACUUUUCUUUUUCAUUCCACUUAUUUUUAGCACCGUCUGCUACGUGCGCAUCAUCCAGGCCUUGUGCGCAGCCAACGUGGAAAACCGUGCGAAAAAAACGCGGGCCGUUUUUAUGGCGGUAACUGUUUUUGCCGUUUUCGUCAUAUGCUUCACACCAACAAACGUCAUCCUGUUGGCGCAUUACGUGCAGUUCGCUCGCAAGCAAAACGAUGCGUCCUACGCCGCGUACCUGGUCUCCACGUGCAUCGGGAGCGUCAGCUGCUGUCUGGACCCCCUCAUCUACUACUUUGGGUCGUCUCAGUGCCAAAAACAGGUUCUCGCCUUUCUCAAGUGUCAGGAGGUCUCAGGCAUGGAGAGGAGAGCACAGUUCACCAGCAGCACCAUGUCAAGCAAGGUCGAGACUUUUAAAAGCAGCGUGAGCAACCAGUACAGGAAGCUGAUGGCAUGAAAAGCACUGCUGAAAAAGACAACAGGCUGGUCUGAUGGCUGCUUUUAGACGGGUUUUGAGAACUUUACAGCUGGCCAGAGUGAGAGACUUUCUCAAACUAGCUGCAGCAGGUUUCCAAGGAGUUUCAAUCACAUUUCGUUUAACCAGGUCUAGCUCAGUAGAAUGGUGGGGGUUGAGUGCUCUAUCAUUC